AUGUCGUCCAAGAUUGUGCACAUCGAGUCGCCCCAGCAAUUCAGCUCGCUGCUGUCGUCGUCGCGCAUCGUCGUGACCGACUUCUACGCCGACUGGUGCGGCCCAUGCAAGGCCAUCGCCCCCUUCUACGAGCAGCUCGCCAACUCGCUCUCCCGCCCUAACCACAUCACCUUCACAAAGGUCAACACCGACAACCAGAAGGACAUUGCCCAGACGUACAACAUCACCGCCAUGCCUACCUUCAUGGUCUUCAAGAAUGGUCGUGAAACUCAGCGCAUCCGUGGCGCUGAUCCCAAGGCUCUCGACGCUGCCGUAAAGUCUCUGGCGACCGAGGCCGAGUCUUCGGGAGAUGCUUCGUCGUCAUCCUCGUCCGGUACUUGGAUUGGCGCAUCCCUACCUCGUGGCUACUCAGACAUCACCGACAGUGUCGAUCUUCUCAACUUGGACUUCCUCAAUGUCGACUCCGAAGCUGGCAACGCUCGCACCGUCUUCAACACUGCUCAACCAAGCGCAAUCUCAAAAUCAUCCUCGGCCGCCGCCAAGGACUGGAUUGAGAGUGAUACCGAUGAACAACUCAUGAUGUACAUGCCAUUCCAGAGCUCUUUGAAGGUCCACAGCAUUCACAUCACCUCCUUGCCCACCCAAGGUGACGAUGACAUUGUUCGUCCUCGCACCUUGAAGCUCUACACCAACAAGUCAAACGUCUUGUCUUUUGAUGAGGCCGAGUCAAUCCCUUCAACUCAAGAUAUUACUCUGCAGGAGUCAGACUGGGAUGCCAAGACUGGUACUGCUAGACUCGACUUGCGUUUUGUCAAGUUCCAAAAUGUCACGAGCUUGGUCAUCUUCGUCUCCGAGGGAGAGGGCGAAGGCGAGAAGACGAGAAUCGACCGUAUCAGAAUCAUCGGCGAGACCGGCGAGAAGAGAGCAAUGGGCAAGCUUGAGAAAAUAGGCGAUGAGCAAGGAGAAUAG